AUGGAAGAACUUCCAAAGAGCAGUUAUGGAGCUAAGGCUGAAGCAUCUUCACCUCCACCUCCACCUGACUCCUUCAGUAUAAUGCUCUCCAUGCACAUGAGGUGUGGGAAAUGUGGAAAUGAAACUUCAAGUCAGAAGUUGCAGGGUUUUGAAAUGAAUUGCAGUGUAGAAGAUACCCAGUUUGUAUCAUCUUCCUCACUGAGGCUCAUUCUGGUGGGCAAAUCUGGUUGCGGAAAAAGUGCCACUGGGAAUAGCAUCCUUUGUCAACCUGUGUUUGAGUCCAGGCUGGCGGCCCAGGCUGUGACAAGGAAGUGCAAGGUGGCCAAAGGCAUGUGGAAUGGAAGGAACAUCUUGGUGGUUGACACACCCUCCAUCUUUGAGGCCAAGGCCCAGGACCAAGAAAUGUACGACGAUAUUGGACACUGCUACCUACUCUCAGCCCCAGGGCCCCAUGUGCUUCUGCUGGUGACGCAGCUGGGACACUUCACUGCCCAGGACACGGUGGCAGUGAGGAGGGUGAAGGAGGUCUUUGGGGAAGGAGCCAUGAAACAUGUGGUGGUCAUCUUCACCCACAAGGAGGACUUAGAGGAUGGGUCCUUGGAUGAGUAUGUAGGCAACACAGACAACCACAGCCUGAGGAGCUUGAUCCAGGAGUGUGGGAAGAGGUACUGUGGCCUCAACAACCAGGCUACUGGGGAGGAGCAGAGGGAGCAGCUAGAGAAGCUGAUGGCUGUGGUGGGGAAGUUGGAGAGGGAUAACCAGAGUAGCUUCUACACAAAUGACCUCUUCCAUGAUGCAGAGAUGUUCCGGAGAGACGGGGACAGCACCCCAGAAGAGUACCUGGCCAAAGUUCAAGCACACAUUGAAAAGCAAAAACAAGACCUGAAAGUUACUGGGAGUCACUGGGCAUCCAAAGCACUCCACAGAGUCAAAAAUUAUAUGUUGUCUGAUAUAAGUAUGCUACUUCAGCUUCUUUUUUUAAUUUUAAUU